GGUUCAGAGGUCUCUCUCCCGGCUGAAGAUGGCGGCGCCCGCCGAGUUGUUUUGCUGGGAAGGAGACUGGGGUCUCCCGUCGGUCAGCACCGACUGCCUGGUGGUUCUGGCCUACGCUCAGUUUGCCGGAGCCCCCCUGAAGCUGCGCCGGACGUCCAGCCCCUGGAGGAGUCCUAGCGGUUGUCUUCCUGCUCUGAGGACGGAGCAGAGGGAAACUCUGUCCCGACCCGCGGACAUCAUCAUCCACCUGCGGAAACAGAAGUACAAUGCAGACUUCGACCUUUCUGCUAAGGAGGGAGCCGACAGUCUGGCCUUCAUCUCGCUGAUGGAGGAGAAGCUGGUUCCUGCUCUGAUCUACGCCUUCUGGAUCGAGCCGAAGAACUACGUGGACGUGACUCGGCGCUGGUACGCCGAACACAUGCCGUUCCCUCUCAACUUCUUCAUGCCGGGGCGGAUGCAGCGCCAGCAGCUGGAGAAGCUCCGCCUCCUGCGAGGAGACGAGACGCUGGAGGCCGGGGACGAGCUGGAGAAGGAGUUGUUCCGUGAUGCUGCGGAGUGUAUGAACCUGCUCUCGCAGCGUCUCGGUUCACACAAGUUCUUCUUCGGAGACUCGCCCUCGUCCCUGGACGCCUACGUCUUCGGCCACCUGGCUCCCGUCCUGAAGUCUCGGCUGCCGAACUCCAAGCUGCAGCAGCACCUGAAGACUCUGGACAACCUGAGCGGCUUCUGCUGCAACAUCCUGCUGCUGUACUUCCCCCGCGACGGCCGAGAUGCCUCCAGCCAGAAGACGGCCCCCCAGCCGGACGGCGGCGCCGACUUCGACCACGUGCCUCACAAGCGCAGGAAGCAGUUCCUGUCGGCGCUGGUGGCGCUGGGCGCCAUGCUGAGCUACGCCCUGCUGACCGGCAUGGUGUCCAUCCAGCACGUCCAGCAGGGGGCGCUGGAGGACGAGCCGGCCCACCUGCAGCCCCUGGGGGAGCACGAGGACGAGGGGGACGGCUGAGGACCGGGGGACCGGGACCG